AUGUCUCAACCUCUCUUCGGCCUCGUCCCUGCGGGGCAGCCCGUCAUCGUCACGCCCACCCAGACGCCAACGCCAACCUCGUUCCUCUACGCCAUCCCGCCCACGCCGCCAGGCGUCAACUCCAAGCCCUUCUCCCACAUUGUCGUCUUCCUCCUUCCGGGCAUCACCCUCCCGCCGGGGACCGCCGCCGCCAUCUACCUGGUGACGCCCGACAGCCAGACCCAGGAGCCCAACACCAAGUUCCUGGGCGGCAUCGGGCCGGGGAAGGAGAGCGCCAUCUUCAAGCUGAGCCCGCCCACCAACGCGGCCGCCGCCGGGGCCGAGAGCAACGUCGUGAUCGGCGUGUCGGUGGAGCCGGCCGAGUCCGUCAGCGCCAGGAUAGCGGAGCUCUCCGGGGCGCUGGUGCCUGCUUCGCGGCCGGCCAUGGGGCAGCAGCCGAGCACAUUAGUGCUGGCGCAGAGGAUCAUCAAGAACGCGUUCAACUUUCUGGCCAGUUUCAGCGGCAACGCCGGCCAGCCGGAGAUGGUGCCGCUCAAGGCGUUUGAGGAAUGGUGGCGGAAGUUCGAGGGAAAAGUCAGGAGUGAUCCAGGCUUUCUAGAAAGGGAUGAGUAA